UGCAAAUUCAGCAAAAACAGUUAAAACGUAUUUAAUUUUCACAACCUCAACCCCAAUAACUUUUCUCCCAAUAUUCUUAACUUUCUUUCUCAGUUUUCUUCACUCUCUCUCAAACCCUAAAAAUGAACAAUUUCCCCUUUUGAUGCAAAUGGGUUCAAUUCACCAACUCUAAACCCACACCCACCAAAAUUAAACUCACACCCACUUCAAUUAUGGCAACAUUCUUCACUUCCCACCACUUCACUGCUUUUACUUUCCUCAUCUUAUUCCUCAAAAUCCAAUCUUUUGAUCCUGUUUCAUCCUUUAACUUCACAGAUUUUGGUAAAGAUCCAAAUUUUAAGUCUAUUGUAGGACUUUAUCACAAUGCAAAGGUUGCUAAUGGUGGUUCUGAAGCUCUUCUUUAUGGGUCUGAGGAUUCAGCAAAAUGGAUAGUCAGGUACAAAAAACCCAUCAGGGUUGUUGAUGUUGAUGGUAAACCAAAGAUGUCAGUCUCAUUUUCAACUUAUUUUGAAUUUUCAUUGUCUUUGGGUGAUGGGAAUGGCUUGGCUUUUGUUAUGGCUCCAAAGGAUGCUGAUGAAGAUGAUGAUAGUUCAUCUAGGUUACCUUUUGAUUUGAAGGUAAUAGAAACUAAGGAUAUUGCUGUUGAGUUUAUUGCUUCAAAUAAGAGUUCUGCUAGCUUUAGUAUCAAUAUUAAAGUUGGUACUACUCCUGUUAAAAAAAUCAAUGUCUCUUCUUUUAAUAUGGUUAUAAGAAAUGGUGGAAAGUUGUAUGCUUGGAUUGAUUAUCAAGCGAGUUCGAGGCAUUUGGAAGUUAGGUUGAGUCGAUAUGGUCAUUCAAAGCCGGUUGAUCCAUUGUUAUCGGAAUAUGUUGAUUUGUCGAAUAAUUGGAAAACUGGAGAGAUGUUUGUUGGCUUUGAUUCAAUGAAAGGGAGACCUUCUUCUCAACCAUGUUUUCUCUAUUCGUGGAGUUUUAAUUUAAGGCAUUAUCCACGACGGGUGCAUUCUGAGCCGCUGGAUCCGAAGGCUUUUUCUGCUAAGAACACACAUAGUCCAUCAGCAGGGAAGCCGAGGAGUGAUUGUGUUUUAAAAAUUCUUGCUGCAAUGAUAUUUGGUGCUGGAUGUGGAGCAUUGGCUGCAUUCACCGUGCUUUAUUUGUGGACAAUGUUUGGUAAUAGACGUCCUGUGGCUGUGGUUCCAGAGGAGUGUGUUAUGCAGCCGGUAGAUUUUGAGUACAAGAAAGUGAACAUUGUUGUAGAUAAACCCCUUAAAGAUGCUAAGGAGUAGAUCUACAGGAUUGAACUAGUUGGAUGUGUGUGUUGUAAAUCGGUGUUCCUUGUAUUCAGGUUUUGCUGUGUUGUAGUUUGGUAAAGAACUAAUUAAGUUGAAUUUUCUUAUGUUAUUGUCUAUUUUUGAGCAAAUUAAGAUUGAGAUCC